AUGCGACCAUCAUUAAGGCAUGAAGCCCUUGCGGGGGAUAUUCUCCACUCUAUGGUACUGGCCGAUACUCUAAAUGAUAAACCCACAGUCUAUAGAAAGAAGAGAGUCAACAAGAGAGAAGAGGCGAAUAGGGUUCAUUACAUCAAACAAGAUCCCUUAACUCCAUCCACAAGUCAAACAUCUUCCAUAGUGGAUGCUUCUAGUUUAUUAUGGGAGGCGGAGAUGCUAUUACAACAAUCCCCUGUUCCCCACUAUACAAGGAACAAUACUAUUCUCUCAAGGGCCAUUAAUAAUAAUAAUAAUAAUAAUAAUAAUAUAAACUCUCAUGAUGGCUAUAUUGGGACCGUGAAUAUGGGAAGAGAGUUCUCAGCACAAACAACAUCUCCCUCUCUCUUCACAGGAGAACAACAGAGAUCACAGAGUAUGGUAGAUACACAGCAAGCACCCACCGUAAAGGAUGUUGUUAACAUCAAUAAAAACAAGUUGGAGCCUUCAGAUGUCUUCAACUCACAAUGGUUGCCCUCUCGUGAUGAAUACCAUUAUGAGACUCCACAAAAACAGUGGAAUACGUCAAAACACACAAAUGAUAAUCCUAAAGGUAUGAAGACUUAUAUAAAUACACAAUCUGAACCAUUAAUGACUUCUGCAGGAGAACCCACUACCAGAACCUCUGUUGUAUAUACACAAUUCCCAAAAUCCCAACAAAACACAUCACAAACGAUGGACUUUUUCUCUUCUUCUUCCUCCUCUAAAGAUCAACAUAUCGAUGCGGCGACUAUUCGUGAUGUUAUUCUUUCUAUUAAAGAGGCUCGCCUGUUGCGUCGCAAACAACUUUUAUCAUAUAAUAAAGGAACUUCCUCUUCCUCUUCCUCUACUACUACUACACCUUUCUCAUUUAUGCAACGUCUUGAUAUUCCACGUUCCACACACUUAGAUACAGUUGAAGCCCUUCAUGAGGCCAAACAAUUACUACAAAGAGAACGUAAAUGGUUGAAUAUGCGUUGUACAAUUCUCUACGACCGCUUACAGCAAUUAUCUCACCACCGUGGAAUGGUGGUUCACCGCCUAAACGAGGUAUACGGAGAAAACCCCGUGAACAUCGACUCUGCAGCAUAA